AAUUUAAGGUAUUGGGUACUUGAUAAUAAACAUUGAAGAGGGAAGUAAAUACUCUAUUAUUUCUCUUAAUUUUCUCCACUAUUUAGAAUAUUACCAAGAAAUAAUAAUGCAGAACAAUUGUGGCGACAGCUCAUAAUUACAUUGCAGACUUAAUAAAAUAUAAUAAAGCUUUCACUUUUAAAUUAACAAACUUUUUUUUCAGGGGAACUUGUAGCCUUUGUUAUAUUGUUGCAAUUAGGUUUUAUGAUUCAUUGAUUUAAGAUUUAAGGUGAAUGACCCUGAUCCCAUAAUUCAUUAUUUCCUACUGUAUUAUCUUACUCUUGGUUUACAGCAUUUUUGUUAUUUAGAGAUUUGUCUUGUUUUAAGAGCUCUCAAGCAGAAAUUAAGUGUUUGUCUCUUGGUAGGUUGGGAAUUACAAGAGGACAGUAAAACGAAUUGAUGAUGGCCACAGACUUUGCAAUGAUCUUAUGAAUUGUAUUCAUGAACGGGCACGGAUAGAGAAGGGCUAUGCUCAGCAGCUCACUGAAUGGGCUAAAAGGUGGAAGCAACUUGUGGAGAAAGGCCCACAGUAUGGAACAGUAGAAAGGGCUUGGUGUGCUUUUAUGUCAGAAGCUGAAAAAGUGAGUGAACUACAUCUAGAAGUAAAAGGUUCACUGAUGAAUGAAGAUUUUGAAAAAAUCAAGAACUGGCAGAAGGAAGCCUUUCAUAAGCAAAUGAUGGGAGGAUUUAAGGAAACCAAAGAAGCAGAAGAUGGAUUUAGGAAAGCUCAGAAACCCUGGGCAAAAAAGCUGAAAGAGGUGGAAGCUGCAAAGAAAGCUUACCAUGCUGCCUGCAAAGAGGAGAAACUGGCUAUAUCCAGAGAAACAAACAGCAAAGCUGACCCAGCACUAAAUCCUGAACAACUCAAGAAAUUACAAGACAAAGUGGAGAGAAGCAAACAAGAUGUACUAAAGACAAAAGAAAAGUAUGAAAAAUCACUGAAAGAAUUAGAUAAUGCUACUCCUCAGUAUAUGGAGAACAUGGAGCAGGUAUUUGAGCAGUGCCAGCAGUUUGAGGAAAAACGAUUGCGUUUCUUCCGAGAAGUGUUACUGGAAGUUCAGAAACACCUUGACUUGUCCAACGUUGCAAGUUACAAAAAUAUCUACCGUGAGCUGGAGCAGAAUAUCAAAACAGCAGAUGCUGUGGAAGACUUGCGGUGGUUUAGAGCUAAUCAGGGUCCAGGGAUGUCAAUGAAUUGGCCUCAGUUUGAGGAGUGGUCUGCAGACCUGAACCGCACUCUCAGUAGAAGAGAAAAGAAGAAAGCUUCUGAUGGAGUGACCCUGACUGGUAUUAAUCAGACGGGAGACCAAGUUUCACAACCUAACAAACAUAGCAGCAGUGUUAGUGUCCAGAGUAACACAGUGCAGUCAGUACAAUCAAGUUACAAUCCCUUUGAAGAUGAAGAAGAUACUGGGAGUACUGUCAGUGAAAAGGAGGACAAUAAGAUCAAAAAUGUUAGCAGCUAUGAGAAAAACCAAAGCUACCCUACAGAUUGGUCUGAUGAGGAGUCCAACAACCCCUUCUCUUCCACCGAUGCGAAUGGAGACACCAAUCCCUUUGAUGAAGACACCCCUCCUGCCAUGGAGGUGAGAGUACGUGCACUCUAUGACUACGAGGGCCAGGAGCAGGAUGAGCUCAGCUUUAAAGCUGGGGAUGAAUUAACCAAAAUGGAGAAUGAGGAUGAGCAGGGCUGGUGCAAAGGACGCCUGGACAAUGGACAAGUUGGUUUAUACCCAGCAAACUAUGUGGAACCAAUCCAGUGACAAAGGACAAAAUAAUAAACAGAAGUGUCACAAGAGCUCUGUAGGCCUGUACAGUGUAUUUAGGUGAAGUGAGAAGAAACUGAAUGGAUGUAUAGAGUGUAUAUAUUUUAAUGAAAAGGUGAGAGCUUGAUACUGAAAUAAGGCUGAAUGAAUGACAAAAGCUUGACAUUGUUUUCACAACUUGUACACAAUGCAAAGGAAAAGAGGUUGAAAAAAAUAGUAUGAUAGGAAAAAUACUUUUUAAACUUUUUCUUUCCACAUGGUCUGUAUUUGUGGAUCCUAAGCAUUUUUGCAUUUUCUAUGCUUAUGCCUCAUCCUACCCCAGGUAUGUGGCUUAUGCUCACUUGUGUUUAAUCAGUUAUUUUAAGUGACCUUCAGUAACUUGCAACUUGAAUUUUGAAGAUUAUUAUAGUUAAUUUUUUAUUUGUUCUUAUCAAUGUCUGAAAGAUGCAGUAUUUUUUUAUUUAAAUGCUAUGUAGUUAAGCACCUUUUUGUAUGCUUUAUCAAUUAAUACUUAAAUUAUGAUAUAGAUUUAGUCACCACCUGACUGAAUGAAAGCUCUUUCCAUGUUGUAGUAAUCUUUCUGUGUUGUCAGCAUGGCUUGAAGUUGUAAAUGGAGUUGUAAAACAAAAUACUGUAUUUAAUAAAUAUCUGUUACAGAAGGUUAUUUGUAGCAGAGAUAUCUGCAGGUGUCAUGGGUUGGGAUUUAUUACAAAUGUUCUUUAUGUGGGUUGACACUUGAACUAAGAGUUCUCCAUCUAGAUCUUAAGUGGCAUUCAAAAGAAAUAUAAAUUAUGCAUAAGCCCCAGAAGAGUGGCUAUUUCCAGCACAUAUUUGCAGGAAAAAAAAAUCUCCUUUUAACUGCUAAUGAUUUUUGGGUGAUUUGAAAUGUUAGAUCUGUGAAGGCUGAUUAUCUUGAACAGAGAAGACUGUAAAAUAGACUAAAUGCUUUUAUUAAGAGCCUAUCUAUGUUGUGUAUAUGUACAUAUAAUUUGAUAUUCCAAAAUAUGAAGAGCAUGGCUAUUAGUUAUCAAGCCUUUUGGUGUCAAUAAGAUUUAGACUAUUUUAAGAGUUUAAAUUAUAGGUAUAUUUAAAUCUGCUUUCCUGCCAUAUUCAUUACUGUACCAUAGAAAAAGUAUUCUGUGAUUAGAUUUUUCAGAAGUACAGUAAAUACACUAAUAUACUCAAAAUCAGUAUUUGUGGAUAAAUUAAUGAGUCAAAAUAUAAACUAGCUUUAGUCCAAACAUGGGUUAUUGUAGCAGAACACUGUAAAAUCUACAUUUGUUUGCAGUUACAACUUGGCCAGCUGUAAUCGUGUCAAAUAUGCAUUUGUGACAUUGAAAACUGGGUUGUAAAACUACAGCAGAUCUGUGUUAAAACUAAGUAUCAGGUAAGUAGAUAUGCCAUGUUAGGAAGCUACACUGUAAUGAAGUUAACAAAUCUUUUUCAAGGUAACUAUAAAACACUGUUGGUAAUCUUGGACUUUAUCAUUUGCUUUUUGAGCUUAUAGAUAUAUUUAGUCAUCAUUUUCAGUGAAUCCAAAUGUGCAAGCUUAGAAAGUGGAUGUAUGUAUAUGUCUGUCAACAAAAACUUACCAACAUAUUUGUUCAUCCACAGGACAGUUGCUGAAAUUGUCAGGAAUUACUGGUUUGGGUCUCUGUAUUGUAAAAUAUUUUAGAAAACAAUAAAAGCUGGUAAUCUCAUAAAUACA